UUUAAUAAAAAUAUUUUUAUUUUUAGUAUUGGAUGUAUAAAUUGAGAACUAUAUCAAAUAGCACUCAUUUUAGUUCAAUAAUUUGGCCAAAUGAUCCUUACCAUUCAUCAAGACUUCAAGCAAACUUUACAUCAUUUCUGACUAUAGCAGCAUCAAUCCCUAGUACUUUAGUUUUAUUUUCAAAUACUUAUUUGGCCAAAAAAAUUUCUAUUCAACUACGGAUGAUAAGUUCACUUUUAUUUAUGCUUUUCCUGUUUGCAUUCACAACAGUAUUUGUUAAUAUAAACACUGAUUCUUGGCAAGUUUUAUUUUUUUUAAUGACAAUCGGAGUUGUAGUUCUUCUUAAUAUUGGAAGUGCUAUAAUGCAAGGAGCUGUAUAUGGACUGGCUAGUUUUUUUGAAAGUAGUUAUAUGACUGCAACUAUAAGUGGCCAAGCUCUUGGUGGUGUUUUUGCUGCUAUAGCUCAAAUAUUGGCCUUGUGGUGGGGUGCUUCUUCUGUUCAUAGUGCAUUUGUAUAUUUUUUAUUUGCAGAUAUAUUUAUAUUGUUAUCAUUAGUUUUGUACACAGUUUUAGUUAAAUUGGAUGUUUAUAAAUAUUAUGUUCAUGAUAUGUCUGCUAGUUCUUGGAUUAGACAUACAUCCUCCAUUCAGUAUACAGCAAUUGAAUCAGAUUCAGAUACACCUGUUGACAGUAUUUUUAUAUUAAAGAAAAUAUGGAAAUUAGGCUUAAGCAAUUGGUAUUGUUACGUUGUCACUAUGUCCGUUUAUCCAGCAGUAACAGUAUUGAUAUCUUCAAGUGAAAAUAUACAUAAUUCUUGGACAGAUAAAUACUUUGUACCUGUGAUGGCUUACUUACUCUUCAGUGCAAUGGAUUUUGUUGGAAGACUUUUACCACAUUAUAUUAAAUUGAUGGAUAAUGUAGUUUGGCCAUCUUUAGUUAUAUCACUUUUGAGAACAGCCUUUAUACCAUUACUUUUGUUUUGUAAUGCCAAACCGCGCCAUCACAGUGAUGCUUUAAUACACAGUGACUAUGUAUAUGCAAUAAUUAUUAUCCUUUUUGGUUUGACUAAUGGAGUCAUAUCAACUAUUACUAUGACGUCAAUUCCUAAGUUUGUUGAAAAGCAUGAACAAGAAGUAGCCAGCUCCAUAAUGGUUACAUUUCUAGGUGUUGGUAUUGCUACUGGUUCAUUAGUUAGCUUCGGUAUGGUCAAUCUGUUAUAAGAUUUUAGAUAUAAAUAUUUCACUUAUAAAUUAUUAAUGCUCUCUAGACUAUUAUAUUACUUCCUAUUAAACUGUUAUCAAAUGUAUGUUUUAUUUUAAAUAUUAUUCAAAUGUAUUAUAACUUUUAUUUCUAUUAUGUAAAAUAUUAUCAAAAUUAAGAGUAAAUUUUCUUCAAAUUAACGUUAUACUAUUUAAGUUAUAUGUGAUUCUGUAUAAUUCAUCAACUAUUUAAAAUAUUAAUUAUAAAAAAAACAAUAAACAAUUACACAAUUAUUUUUUUUUA